UUUGUUCUUUAUUAAUCAUGAACUUGUUUCAUAACCAAUUCAUAAACAGUUUUUGAAAAUAAUAAUAAUAAUAAAUAAUAUCAAACUUGUUUUGGAAGCUGGAAUCAGUGUACGAUUAUGGUGCUGAAGGUUGAUCUAGGGUGUGAACGCUGUUGCAAGAAGAUCAGGAAACUGAUCUGUAAAAUUCCUGAAAUAAAAGAGUAUGCUUUCCAUGAGAAGGACAACGCAGUGAUGAUCAAAGUAGUAUGCUGCUGCCCUGAGAAGAUCAAAACGAAGCUUAUCUGCAAAGGUGGCAAAAUCAUCCACAGUAUUGAGGUUAGAGCACCCGAGAAACCUAAACCCCCAGCAGAAAAGCCAAAACCUCCAGCUGACAAACCAAAACCUCCAGCUGACAAGCCAAAACCUCCAGCUGACAAGCCAGAACCUCCAGCUGACAAACCAAAACCUCCAGCUGACAAACCAAAUCCUCAAGCUGACAAGCCAAAGGUACCGGUGCCAACUCCAGUAACAGGGUAUCCACCAUUCAUCUAUCCACCUGGAGUGUGUUGUAAGUCAUGCUAUGAGGGACGCGGUGGUGGCCCCUGCCACCAUGGAUAUGGGAUUCCGCGCCAACCACCAUCUUAUGAUGGAUAUAUGAGGCUAGUGCCAUCCUAUGAUGGCUGGCCUUCUGGGUGUCGCUGUAACAGAAGCUAUGGUUGCCGCUGUGAAUUCUUUACUGAAGAAAAUCCCGCAUGCACCAUCAUGUGAAUCAUUCUCCAUCGUGAUUGUCCUUGUCUGGUUUUUUAUUUCCUUUUCUCAGUUGGGUGUUGAGUCAGUGAUCAGUCCUUUUGGGUUCUUUUCUCCUCCACAGCAUCAAGGCUGUAUAGGCCAAAGGAUGAAUAAUAAUGUUUGUGGGCUAAUAGUGUUGAUUCCAUCGUUAGAUGAGUAAGACAGUAAAAGUCUUUCUAUGACCAUUUCCUUUCCA